AGAUGAUACUUUUACACGCAUGCACCUAGCCCCAACUUUCUCCAUACUUCAGCACCAAACAAUGCAACCCAAUGUCACUAUUAUCUCAACUAGCCAGUGGACAAGAAAAUGAAAGAGAAAGAAAGAAAGGUGGCUGAACAGAAUACACUAAGGCUGUAUUUAAAAUAAAUGAUCUUAGAAACCUAACACGCUGUGAUGAAAAACAUCCUUCAUGAGCAUUUUAAUAAUCAUUACCUGCCUUAUCAUCCUGAAAGUUGGGGUCCCCCAAUUGGUUCACUGUAACCUGAUGCCCUGAAGAAUGUGUAAUCAAAUGACUCAUCACGGGCUGGCACAUGAAUGCUGGUUUUCCCCAUAGUUUUCAUGAGUCAGAUGAAGAGUUCAUACACUUAGGGAUUUUUUCAAAAAAGAGAAGUGCGGGGUUUUUAUUUGUUUUUCAAAUGAACUAAACACCAAAAGCAUUGUCACACCAUCACACUAUUGAUUUGUAACCUCUCUGACUUUUGCAUUGUUUGGUUACUAGCACAGUUCCCUAAAAAUCAUUAGUUGCUACAUGUGUGUGUUUUUGACAAAGAAAUAAUUUGUAUUAAACUGCAUUUUACAGAAAAAGCAUAUCAAUACAGUACAAUAGAGGUGUUCUAUUUCUGCCACUGGAUUUCUUUCCACCGCAGUGGAAGGUUUUCCCCCAUCUGACGCUUUGAAUAAAAAACUUCCUCUUUCCCUGUGAAUCCCUAUUUAGAUACUAGGGGGAUAAAUACAGAUCGCCUACAUAUAACUGCAUUGUUAAAGUCAAUGUAAUUAAGACUACAACAAACAAUCUAAAUCCCUGUAGGGAUACUGUAGGAAUAUAGGGUCCCGUCAAGUAGAGAUAGUAGAAUUAAUCUCUUAGUAGACAGGAGAGAGGGAGAGAGUCCUAGUCCCAUCUAAUCGGAUUAGGUGACUAUAGGUUAACAGGCUGCUGUCUCUCUCCGCCCUACAUGGGAUGGUCGUGUGCGCAGCACUUCUACUCUGCUGUAGCUUCACUCUAUGACAAAACGGAAUUUCUCAACACAUGUGCUCUCAAACCUGAUGGGCACAAACACAACUAAGCGUGGUUUCGUUUUGUGGGCGCGCGAAAGAAUAGGGUCUCGUGGGACGUUCUCGGUUCAAAUGCGUGUAAUGUCAACAACUCUGCGAAGAUGACUGAUGUUCAACUUGUAGGCUAUAUAUGAUACCGCGGGUAACGGAGUGUGCGUAAUUUGGGCUCACGUAGGCGAUGUAACUGACUUUUUUUUUUGGCAGAGUAGCUUGUUCUGAUCUUUCUGGAGAGACAGCCAGUCCCAUGCCCGCGCCCCACGUGCCAGGCUGCACUCUACCCCGAGGACAGUGCCCUAGGCUCGGGGGUUAGAUGGUGCUGAUCACGGACGACAGGGAUGGAGGAGGCGCAUCGUCGGUCCGGGUCAAACAGCUCCAACAGAAAACCGGGGGAAGCACUGCCCUAGUCCACCCGACCAUAGUCGAGGAGCCACCGUCCAACUCUGACGAUGAGGACUAUCUGGGGUCGUGCGAAGAGGAUGAUGAGGAAGACGAUGGAGGUGAGGAAGAUUAUGAUGAAUUCGAGGAAGUUGACUUUGAGGACUUGGACGAUUGUCGGAGUAUCGCGUCGGACGACUCCUUCUACCCGCCGGAUGAUGUGUUCGCGGACUCGGAGCGCACCCCGUCUCCGGACAGCCCGGAGCCGCUGUCUCUUUUCCAGGCGUGCUGCACCAACAACGCGGCGAUCGUCCGGAUUAUGAUACGACAUGGAGUGAAGGAGGAGGAGGUCAAGCAGACGGACAGGAAUAACAGGAUAGGGCUGUUGAUUGCAUGUUACCAAGGUUACGUUGACAUCGUCAUAGCGCUGUCUCAGUGCCCGUAUCUGGAUGUGAACUGGCAGGACAGCGAGGGAAACACAGCUCUCAUCACCGCUGCUCAGGCAGGCCACAUAACAAUCACCAACUAUCUGCUCAAUUACUACUCUGGGUUGGACGUUGAGAGGAGAAACUGCCAUGGCUUCACCGCUCUGAUGAAAGCUGCCAUGCAGGGCCGAGUUGAGUGUGUGCGCUCGCUUAUGAUGGCAGGAGCUGCCCUCAAUGCGAGGGACUUUGGCCGCCACUUGACUGCCAGGGAGUGGGCCAUUUUUACAGGCCGUUAUGAAACCGCCUGGGUGAUGACACGCCUGAUGGAACGGCCCUGUCCCCACCAGUUCUUAGACACGUACAGUCUAGAGUGGCCCCCACUGGCAUCACUGGUGGCCAAAGCCCAGGAGCCCCGCGGCUGUCUGAAGCGCCUGUCUGACACUGUGCGCAACGUCUUCAACAUUGCAAAUGUCAACAACCCUCAGGACGAAGGUGUCAUCGACCACAUGGUUUCUGUUACAACUGCCAUGAGGAGCCCUUUCAUUGCAGUGGCAUGCCAUACAGUGUGUCCUGACAGCCCUCCAAGUGUGGGAAAACGGCGCUAUGCAGUUCCUGAGAUUGUCCGCCAGCAGCGUGCCAAGGAGCUCCGCACCAUCAACCCUGACAGGUUGGAUAGUCACCUCAAACUCUUUGAAAAUUCCAAAGUCACACUGGUGGCCAAGAACUCAGCCGACCGGCGUGCCAGCCUUCAGGCCCAGAGCAUGGUGCCUCGACACAGGAGCUCCAGCAUGGGCAUAGUGGCUUACAACGAAGCCCUCGAGCUGCGGAGAACCAGCCUGCUCCCCCUGCACAUGGUGCUGAGGAGGAGCAGCGUCAGGCCGGGGCUCAGCAUCCCAAAGGUGAGGGUGUCCAAGGCCCCCACACCAACUUACGAACCAGAAAAGGUCCGCAGGAAGAGCAGCACCAAAGAUGGAGGGGGGCACCUGCUGCAGAUCCCAAAGUGGCGGUACAAGGAGCUAAAAGAAGAAAGGAGGAAAGCCGAGGAAGCUGAGAGGAGGAGGCUGGAGGCUGUAACUAAGAGACACCUUGCUGCCACGAAAAGGAAAUAAUAUCAUUGCCUCAGAGGAUGUGAUAUACACUAACCAAAUGCUGGACAAGCCAUGAAGAUGGACAGAUCUGGCUCUAAUAUUUCUCUACAAGCUUAUGUGCUCAGGGUGAGCCUAGAAUUACCAGCAGUGUUCCUCAAACAGGACGGAAGACUAAAUGUUGCUUUUUGUCUGCUCAGUUUCGUAUCCUUAAUCGAAUUCCACUCAUGUCCAAGGAAACGAUGCAGGUUUGCCUCUUAAAAAUGGCCGCCGGAGCUUUGAAAGCAUUAGAAGUGCACGAUGCUCAGUGUCCUUUUCUGAUGUCAGACAUUGAAUACCCAGGGGAUUUGAUACUUGAAAUGUUUUUAGCUUAACUUAUUUUUCAUAUUUAUUGCUUUUUAAAGCAGUCAAGAUGGCCAAGUCUAUAUUUUGUUACGCUUUGGGUACUCAGUACAGCCAUGUUUUUGUAGUGUGUUCCACUGUGUUUGAGCAUAAGACACAUUAACACAGAUUCUUUCAGACUCUA